ACCAGCGUAAGCCCAGACCCACCUACUCCUUACAAAACUGUUUGAAAACUCUGCAUCCCAGAACAAUGGCUUCGAUUGCACUCCAUUGCCCGCGAAGCUAACAACAGCUACUACUGCGACUGCGACAGCGGAAAAGGAGAUCAUUGCCAGUUCAUAUCCUUCUGUGUGUCAUUUUCACAAACAAUUUGCGUCCCCUAUAUAUCUCAGUCGGAUCUGUAUGCUCUUUGCAAAUAAAAGGUCUCUCUUUUAACGAAGUGCCUCUCUGACUGGGUCUUUUGAGGCUCAUAGAUUGAUUCGAAUGGACGGUGCUGAUGGGACGGUGAGACUGGGGGCUCUCAACAUGAAGUCCGAUCGGGUCCGCUUAGACUCAGGUCCAGAUGUCUCCGUUUCGUCGCCCGUUACUAGGCAGAAAUCCGCUGCUGCCAAGCAGUUCAUAGAGAAUCAUUACAAGAACUAUCUUCAAGGAUUGCAAGAUCGCAAAGACAGACGUCGAGCACUUCAAAGGAGAGCACAAGAAGCUCAGGUAUCUGUUGAGGAAGAAGAAGAGAUGCUGAGGAAUUUGGAGCGAAGAGAAACUGAAUACAUGAGGUUUCAGAGACGCAAAGUGGGAAUAGAUGACUUUGAGCAAUUAACCGUAAUUGGUAAAGGUGCAUUUGGUGAGGUCAGGCUAUGCCGUGCUAAAGAUACGGGUGAUAUUUUUGCUAUGAAGAAAUUGAAGAAAUCAGAGAUGCUUAGCCGUGGACAGGUUGAGCAUGUUCGAUCUGAGAGGAACUUGCUUGCAGAGGUUGAUAGUCGGUGCAUUGUAAAACUCUUUUAUUCUUUUCAAGAUUCUGAUUUCUUAUACCUUAUCAUGGAGUAUUUACCUGGUGGGGAUAUUAUGACAUUACUGAUGAGGGAAGAUAUUCUUUCUGAAGAUGUUGCACGCUUUUACAUAGCAGAGAGCAUUCUAGCUAUCCACUCAAUUCAUCAGCACAAAUAUAUACAUAGGGACAUAAAACCAGAUAACCUGAUCCUGGAUAAGAAUGGCCAUUUGAAGCUUUCAGAUUUUGGCUUGUGCAAGCCUCUGGAUGAUAAGUAUUCAACAAUAUUACUGGAAGAUGAGGAUUUUACCACCCAGGAAUCCACAGCUGAGACUGAAGGACAUUCUGGCUAUGAUAGAGCACCUUGGUUGAUGCCAAAGGAGCAAUUACAACGAUGGAAACGUAAUCGUCGUGCAUUAGCUUAUUCAACUGUUGGAACUCUUGAUUAUAUGGCACCGGAGAUUUUGCUCAAGAAGGGGUAUGGAAUGGAGUGUGAUUGGUGGUCGCUGGGAGCAAUCAUGUAUGAGAUGCUUAUUGGCUAUCCUCCCUUCUGUUCUGAUGAUCCAAGGAUCACAUGCCGAAAGAUAAUCAAUUGGAAAACGUGCUUGAAAUUCCCUGAGGAACCAAAAAUAUCGGAGGAGGCCAAGGAUCUGAUAUGUCAUUUAUUAUGUGAUGUGGAAACAAGGCUGGGUACCCAAGGAGUGGAAGAAGUAAAGGCACAUUCAUGGUUCGGAUGCAUUCAGUGGGACAUGCUGUAUGAAAUGGAAGCUGCAUAUAAACCUAUUGUAAAGGGAGACUUGGACACUCAGAAUUUUGAGAAGUUUCCUGAUGUGGAAGGUCCACCAUCAACAAUACCAACAGUGGGACCCUGGCGGAAGAUGUUGACAUCAAAAGAUACAAACUUCAUUGGAUUUACUUUCAAGAAGUCAGAUGUCCUUAAAUCACUUGAAGAUUCAGGUACAGAUAUGGGUUCAAAUGGAUCAUCGAAGGCCCCAUCACUAAUUUCCUUGUUAGGUCGGAUCGACUUGCAAGGAACUGUGAUACCAGAGGGGGAGCAGAAGCACGAGGAAACUUGAAUUAACAUCGUUUUGUUGUGCUUCAAUUCGAUCAGGUAUUAUUAUUCUCUUCACAAACAAAGAAGAAGCUACUACUAGAGACUGGUUUCGGUUAGAAUAGCUAGGUGAAAGAAUGAAUAAGCUCAUGAUCUUGAGCACAAUUUUUGUUUAUACAAUCACAGAAUGUAUGGGUGAUACUGUAAAAGCCAAUAUCAGUUCUAAAUGUCUUCCCCAAGACCAAAAAACUAAAUUGUACCUUAAAUAGUUCUGUGUCUAUCCAAUGUAACAUAGCCAUCAGCUCGUUCAAUUUUGUUUGUGGAAGUGGAUAUAUGUCUGUAAAUUAUACGAUUUUUUCAAUGAAUGCUUUGGAUGUUAUUAUGUGCA